UCUUCUCCUCCACCCCUGUUCUGUACGCGCACACGCCCAGUUAUUUAAUGAAAAAAAAAAAAAGACUUGGAAAGACUUCGGGAUUCACGAAAGAGACACUUAAGGGCGUUGUACACAGGCAGAACAAGGCAAAACUACGAAAACUUCAUCACUACAAAAUGGAGUCAGCUAUCAAGACCGUUGUUACACAGUUCUUGGGUUCAGCUGGAAAAGACAGUUGCCUCAAUAAGGGCAAUUUCCAAAAGCUGGUCCAGCGUCAACUGGGGAACAUCAUGUCUGACACAGACAGCUCAUCAGCAGUAAAGGAUAUGAUGCGAGGUUUGGACGAGAACCAGGAUGGGAAGGUCAGCUUCCAGGAGUACAUGACCCUCAUUGGCUACUUGGCUAACUCUCUGAGUGAAAGUAAAGCUAAACCUCAAACCACCAACUAAGACCUCUACAGCUGACCAACUUCAUCUUUGUGUACUCCAGUAUUGCUAGUAACUCACUUUGUGUAUGUUUUUCUUUUUUUUGCUUCUUUUUUUUUUUUACACAGCUGCCUAAUUCAGAACUGACAUGUCUACAAUCAUUACUAACACACCGUGCCAUGGAGAUUAAAUGGUAAUAGAUCCAGUGUUAAUUUACUACAUACUAUAUGCCAAAAUGAUGUACACUGCCCUCAACCAUCACUCACAGUCCUACAGUAUCUGGACUGAGCACUGAUGCUUCAAUAACCUUAAUUAUUGUUUUGUACUUUGGAGAUAUUGCAUGAAAAUAAAAAAAAAGGUAAUUGAUCAAAGUUGUUUUUGUGGAAAUGUGGAAAAAGGGGAAAAUGAUAUAUAUAAUAAAUCAUAUUAUCCAUGCAAAAUGAUUAAUUGCACGAAAAAUCACCGCUUUUCUGGGAACAAAUUAUGUGACCAACGCUACAUGACCUUUAUACAGUUAUUCAGCUUGAACGUCUGGCAUUAGUUUAUUCAUAGUUUCUUUUUUACAAGCUUAAUUUGCUUCUACUUUGCAGCUACAUUUUUAUUUUAAGCGUAACAUAUUUACAAUAGAAAGCUUUAUAUAGACUACAUAACUGCAUAUAAACUUUGACCCUACAGAAAAUGUUGACAUCAUAAUUAUUCAUUUAGUCGCAACAAUAAAAAAAAAAACCCCAUUAAGACAACUUUUGCCAUGCAUAAAUGUAGUAACUGUGUUGUUUUUUUUUUUUUUUCAUUUGUUCAUUAGCAUCUGGAGACUUUAUUUUGGCAUGUGCCAACACACACAUUCACAAACACACUUAUUGUAUUCUUGCUACCUGAUACCUCCAGCCAUCACAAUAAACAACUUAAAUUAAACACCA